CACGAAAGAGUGAGCGAGAGACAAGAGAGUGACUCGUGUGACACGUACCGACUUCGCCAGCCAGGCUUUAUCUAUUGUUUUUUUCUGCCCAACAAAUCGAUCGUCCGCACCUUGAACGUCCACGUCCACUCGGAAGAUUUGCCAGGCAAGAACACAAAAAUCCACCGAGCAACAAGCCACCGUUGUGAGACCGCCCGUUGUUGAGGUCCCGAGCCGCUCCGUGCCGUGCGCAGAAGACGACGACGUGUCCUCCGGAAGUUUGGCGUACAGCCUGCCCACAACGCGAACGGGGAAACGAAAAUGGCUGGAGGAGGUGCCCCGUCGAAGGAGGACAUCGAUGCCAUCUUCCAUCGGUUACGUUCGUUACCCACGAACAAGAGCUGCUUUGAUUGCGGAGGAAAGAAUCCCACCUGGUCGUCGGUACCGUUGGGCGUCUUCAUCUGCAUCGACUGUGCGGCGGUUCACAGGAACCUGGGCGUUCAUCUAACGUUCGUGCGCUCCACCAAUCUGGACACGAACUGGACCUGGAUACAGAUCCGCCAGAUGCAAGUCGGGGGUAACGCGAACGCGUCCCAGUUCUUUCGGCAGCAUAAUUGCAACACUAGCGAUGCGCAGCAAAAGUACAAUUCACGUGCUGCCCAGCUCUACAAGGAUAAGCUGCUCAGCAAGGCGCAACAGUCGCUACAACAGCACGGCACGACGCUGCACAUCGACUCCGUGCAUGAUCAGGCGAAUACCACCGACAACAAGAAGGAGUUGGACUUUUUCGCCGAAUGUGAAAACUUCGAUAAUGCGGUCAGUAGUGAGGCCUCGGAUAGCAUCGCGGAAGCCCGCAGAGACGCACGCAACAACAAUAGCAGCACCACGCCGGAUGAGGCCAACAUUCCAAAACUGGCUUCACUGAGCGCAACACUCGAUCCGACUGCUGGCCCACGGGUUGAUUUCCUCAACUCGGAGGUACCGGUGGAAGCACCGAAAUCUACGAUCGGUGUACGCAAGAUCCAACCGAAGAAGGCCGGUCUCGGUGCACGGAAGGGUGGAGGACUCGGAGCGACCCGUGUAAAGACCAACUUUGCCGAGAUCGAGGAACGUGCCAACAUGGCCGACAAGCUUAAGCUAGCCGCUUCGUCAACGCCAGCGGCUGCCGAGAAGGUACAGAGCGAAGAGGAGAAAGCGGAAACGCUGGCCAGCGUACGGCUCGCCUAUCAGGACCUUUCGAUCAAGCAGCACCGCGAAGAGGAGAAGCUGAAGGCGAUCGAUCCGAAUAAGGCGAAACAGAUGGAACGGCUCGGUAUGGGCUUUGGGCGAGCGGGCGGUGUCUCGCAUUCCGUCCUGACCGAUAUGAAGACGAUCACGCAGGAAGAAACGACGCGCAGUGGCGCAACGGUAUCGAAGGCGUACGAUCGUGACGACUCCUCUGUGGGCGGUGGUAGCAGGAACACUGACGGCGGCGGUGGUGGUGGUGGCAGUAACAACGAUUUCUUCGACGAUUACUCCAUCAUCUACGGAAUAUCGGGUAGUGGCAACAAGAGCGGCAACGAUUUGACGGAAGCCAAUCAGUUGGGCUAUGAUACUCUGGAACCGAUUGAUAGUAAACGCCCGGCAGUGAGAUCGAUGUUCUCGGCACAACCGGCUGGCAGUGGGUUUAAAAGUGGAUCCAGUAUUAGUGAUCAGCCAACGUACAACCGAGGAAACAACAGCAAUAACAACAGCAGCACCAGCAGUUCUGGCAGCAGCAACAACAGAGGCCGCAAACCCAUCCCAGAAACGGCCGAUAGUGUGAGCGAAACGGCACAAAAGAAGUUUGGCUCAGCCAAGGGUAUCUCGUCCGAUCAGUUCUUCGGUAACGAACAGUCGGCGUAUGAGCGAUCGGCCAACCUGUCCAAGUUCCAGGGUUCCACCAGCAUCUCCUCCGCCGACUACUUUGGCAACGGUUCAUCGAGCGGAGGUUCAGGGAGUCGUUCAGCUGCCCGUGGUCCAGCAUUGCAGUACAAUGGUCCCGAUCUGGACGACGUUAAGGAGAGUGUUCGACAAGGUGUCACCAAGGUAGCGGGACGAUUGAGUACCAUAGCCAGUGAUGUCAUGAACUCGAUUCAGGACAAAUACGGCUACUAGUGCCUCUUCCGGCGGUAUCACAUGUUCAUGGUUCCUUGUGCAAGACAGGCAAAGACAGAGAGAAAAAGAGAGGGAGAGAGAGCAAUGUGCAUCUUCGUUACUAGACUAUAGUUUAAUGUUACGCUAAAUCCUGGCUUCAUCCUUAUAUGCCCUUAUUUUAUGUUUUAUACGGUGCGAAUUAGCUAGAAGUCCUGUCGCUUCCCACCCGUUGCCACUCGAUACAAUCUGUGCAAUUACCGAACAACGACCUUUUGCGGGAUGGUUUAUUUCUUUUUUUGAUAGAAUAUACUUUAUCAAUGUUUUUUUUUCUGUUUGUGUUGUUAAUACCCCCUUAACUUUGUUACGGUUUCAAACGCUUUGGGGCACCAGUUAUCGUGCCACGUGCCAGAGAUGGUAGCUCCAUGUUGCGUCGGGUAGGAGCGCAAACAAUCGAAGACGGUUGCUGAUGGUCGUAUUACAAUAAUUAGGAAAUCUAGUAGACAAUUUUUGGAACACCGCUGUAGACCGAGAACACUACGCUACGGGUUAUGAUAAUCGAUCAGAUACAAAGACACACACAUACACCUUUUCACACGUACAUGCCACGGGAUAUAGGGCUCGCUUGUAGAAAACCUAGAAAAAAACACUAAUAGGCGGACAUUCCCAUCCUUCACGAUAACUGGCUUGAGGGAAGCUGAAGAAAAAAAGGAUCCCGCAACCGUCUAGGAUUAUCUGGAUUCAUCGAGCCAUCACGACACUUUUGAUUAUGAAUAUUAUUUUAAAUGUUUACUGCAUCUUCUACGAAUCCAACGGGCAGGCCCAUUCGUCGUCAAAGGACCCGAAAUACACUACUACUACACGCAGAAACAGAAAGUUACGAAAAAGCAUCUAAUAUUUAAACCAAGAAGCGGUGUGGGAACGAAACGGAUGUUACUGUAAUAAAGUCUCUAUUAUUGUAUACUGCA